CCCUACCUUGCUCUUCAUCAUCAUCUUCCGGCUAUUCAUCUCCUUCUUGCCUGAUUAUUCAGUUAUGGUUCUCGAAUUAUGAUUUUCAUUUGGAAAGUAGUAAUUUCUGCCUCCAUGAAUAUGGUUCAAUUCUCUCUUGAGCUAUUUGCUUGUGUUGGCUUUUCGAUAAAUACAUCAGAUCAAUGUAGCAAGUUUGCAUCUGUUCUUCUGUAAUUGUCCUCACCGAUCUCCAAAGAGGAGCACAACUCUGAAUCUAACUGUUCAAGUUUGAUUUGCUACUGACACUACGACAAAUCAAACUCUGUAUAAUCUGACGACAGCAUUAUACAGUUGUUAGAGAAACAACAGAUCGAUUGGUAUAUAUACGGCAAAAUACAAUCAACCUUUUGUGAGAUUCUUUAUGCAUGUGUGAUCAGCUCCUGGGGUGGAUGCACCGGAAAUUACGACAGAAUAGUAAUGAUGUGUUCAAAGAGUUCAACAACGGUGGAGGUGGGACCUGCAACUGCAUCACCGGGCUGGCUUCGCCGGACCCCGUCACCUUCCUUGCCUCCGCCAACGAAUACUUCGCCGACGACGCCUUCACCACCAACCAUCCCUCGCCGCCGGCCGCCGACCUCUUCACCUUCGGCGGCAGCGGCCUCCUCACCAUUGGCACUCUAGGCAUCGCUGCUGUCGCGGUUCCUACAGACGCAGACGACCAUGAGUACGACGUCGACGUUGUUGAUGCCGAAUCAGACUCUGAUGACAAAGAUGACAACGUGGAUGAGGAAGACGAUGUCGACGGCGCCGUCACGCCCACAUUCACUUGCCCUCCGCCGCCGCCAGCAGAGGCCGCAGUCGUCGUCGAGAAGGCUGUCGCCGCGGUCGUCGAGGCCAUCGCCGAGAAGGACGACGACACCACGACGGAGGACGACCUCAUGGUGGUGAGCGCCGAGCUGGAGAAGGUCCUCGGCGGCCGCAACAGCGGCACCGCCAGCGACCUGGUGGCGUCGGCGCGGGUGAGCUUCGCCAUGGGCGUGGACUGCCCGCUGCAGGGCUUCCUGUUCGGCUCCCCGGUGAGCGACGUCGAGUCGCGCCUGGAGCAGCCGCGGGACAGCAACGGCGGCGGCCGGCGCACCUCGCUCGGCGAGCUGUUCAUGCGCACGCGCUUCGCCGAAGAGAAGGUGGCUCUCGUCGCCGUCGAGGAGGGCGAGGACGGCGGGGAUGCAACCGCCGGUGGAGAAAGGGGCGACGGGAAAUCAGGGAAAGAAGGCGGCGGCGGCCACAAGACAUUGAAGAAGAGGGUGAAGGAUGGAAAAGUCGCCGGCGGUGAAGGAGCGCCAGCGAGUGCAGCUGUGACCAAGAGCAAGUUUCAGAAGAUCCUUCAAAUCUUCCACAGGAAAGUGUACCCUGAGAGCACGGCGCUGGCGAGGAGCCUGACCAAGAAGUGCCGCAAGCGUGGCAGCAGCAGCGGUGGCGCCGACGAGCCGGAGCCGGCGUCACCCAAGCUCAGGUGCCGCAAGGAGCAGCGCGCGCCGGGGUUCGGCUGCUGCGCCAACCGUGCCUCCUUCGGUGGCGCCACUUCUCCCACCGACGACGACGACGACGAGGGACUCAACAGCAGCAAGAGCGGCCACUGGAUCAGGACCGACGCUGAAUAUUUGGUGCUGGAGUUAUAGAGAGAGUCAGGAUCUGUUGGCUGGUCAAUAUCAAGCAUAGUGUGUCCUGAAAAAAAAAAUAAAGCAUAGUGAGUAUAUUGAGCAUAUUGUGUACUUAUGUUUAUGUGCUUGCCUCCUACAAAAUCCUUAAAUGUUUGUUCAGCAUGUUACCUGAAUGAGCUGUAUGUGUCAGUCUAUAAAGGGGAAAAGGACUGUGAAUGUAUGAACUUAAUGUAUGGUUUGCAUCAAGAUGUGAAUGCUGUGUUAUGGACACUACUA